GACGCACAACACUGAAAAACUACCACAGAGCCAUGCAUUUGCUUUAAUAUGCAUUUAAUUUGUCAUAUAGUACUGAAAUAUGACAGAUCAGGACCACGUAAACACCACUCGACAUAAAUCCCUACGUGUCAUGUGGUGUGUGACAAAGCAUCACCCUAUACGGCGGUGACUAUACCAUAGUAUAUUUCAAGGGAAGUCCUGUAUUACGCUUACCUUUGACUCCACCCAUGGAGUCGUCAUAAAAUUGCUCAGGAGUUUCAGGGGUUUCUCAACUUCUCAUGACGGUGAAAGUCGCUCGGCGUCGGGGAGCGAAAACCAGGAGCGCAUUCCGCGAGCGAACUGACCGCGUCGAAACGAGUUUACCGGACACACCGCGACUCGAAACGCGAUGGCUGCUGUGAAAGCUCUUCAACAGUGGUGCAAGAUCCAGUGCGACGGAUAUCGUGAUGUUUCGAUCACCAACAUGACCACGUCUUUUCGGGACGGUUUGGCUUUCUGCGCUCUGAUUCACAAACACAGACCGGACUUGAUAGACUUCGACUCGCUGAGCAAAGAAAACAUUUAUGAGAACAAUCAGCUGGCUUUCCAGGUGGCGGAGAAUGAGUUGGGAAUACCAGCCCUGCUGGACGCCGAAGACAUGGUGGCUAUGAGAGUACCCGACCGGCUCAGUAUUCUCACCUACGUCUCGCAAUACUACAAUUAUUUCCAUGGACGCUCUCCAAUUGGGGGUAUGGCAGCGAUUAAAAGACCGGCUGAAGAAUCGAACGAAGAACCAUCUGGAAAGAAAAACCAGCCUGUCGCAGCUAAAGUUUUCGUCUCCCCUAAACCGGCCACAGAGGCUCAGAAGCCUAAAUCAUCAAUUGACAAUAAGAGAGAAGUUCUGGCAGAACGUGCCAACAAACAAGGGACCCUCAGCAGCUCCUGCAACGUGUGCAGCCAGCAUGUUCACCUCGUGCAGCGCCAUCUAGUGGAUGGGAAGCUGUAUCACAGGAACUGCUUCAAAUGCAAGGAAUGUACCACCAUUCUCCUCUCUGGUACCUACAAGGCUGGAAAAGAACCGGGAACUUUCAUCUGCAAGACCCACAGCAACGUGGAGAAGCAUCUGUCCACUCCGACUACAAACAUCUCAAUACCUCCAACAAAAACGCAGCCCACCACAGUCAGUAGAAGCACUACCUCCAACCUGACAGACCGGAACAGCCCAGGUGGAGGUACCGGAAAAGCUGGUUCGACACCUAUUGCAUCUAAACUUGGUUGGCUGGCUAAUAAAAGUGACCGUACGUCCAACCUUUGGUCUCCUGCCACACCUGCUCCAACACCCACCCCAGUACCAGCACCAAGAACAACACCAGCCUCAAAAACAACUCUAGCACCGGAGACUACAACCACAAAAUCUAUCUUUAACUUGAAGACGCCAACAGAGUCUCCUACAAACAUAAACCACAGUGUACAGAAGAACCAAGAGGCUAGAAAAAGAUUCUUUGAGUCAAGCUCCAACACCAGCACCAGCACCAUCACAUCCACCAGUAAGAACAGCCCAUCAGCCACAUCAACAACCUCAGGUAGUACAGCAGGUGUUAAAACGUCAACAUUAGGGAGCCUAGCGGGUGUUAAAACAUCAACAUCUGUGAGUCCAGCAAGUGGUAAAAUAUCAGCAUUUUUGAGUCCAGUGAGUGUUAAAACAUCAGCAUUUUUGAGUCCAGCGAGUGUUAAAACAUCAGCAUUUGCGAGUCCAGCGAGUGUUAAAACAUCAACAUCAGUGAGUCCAGCGAGUGUUAAAACAUCAACAUCAGUGAGUCCAGCGAGUGUUAAAACAUCAACAUCUCUGACUCCAGCGAGUGUUAAAACAUCAACAUCUCUGACUCCAGCGAGUGUUAAAACAUCAACAUUUGUGAGUCCAGCGAGUGUUAAAACAUCAACAUUUGUGAGUCCAGCGAGUGUUAAAACAUCAACAUCUGUGAAUCCAGUGAGUGUUAAAACAUCAACAUCUGUGACUCCAGCGAGUGUUAAAACAUCAACAUCAACAUCUGUGACCCCAGCGAGUGUUAAAACAUCAACAUCUGUGACUCCAGUGAGUGUUAAAGCAUCAACAUCUUUGACCCCAGCGAGUGUUAAAACAUCAACAUCUUUGACCCCAGCGAGUGUUAAAACAUCAACAUCUUUGACUCCAGCGAGUGUUAAAACAUCAAUGUCGGGUAGUCCAGCGCCUGGCCCAAGUGUUGGGACAGGUAAAGGCAGACUCCUCCUGCGGGUGGGAGACUGGGCUAAAGUGCAGGACGAAGAUAUAGAGAAAGAUAACGAAAAGGAAAAAGCCAAAACUGUGAUCGGCAAGAUGAUGACGGGGAACAAAAAUCAAAGCGGUUUAUCGCAGAGUCCAGCUGGGCUGAAAGCCAAUGGCAGUAACGUUUCUUCUGUGGAAUCGGGUGUGAAAGGCCCCUCUGGUAGGGUGCACCUAAAACCGCUGGAUGACGGGUUGGACCCAACUGCCCCCGCAGCUGGAACGCCAUCCUGGAUCAAAGACAAAAACUCACCCAGGCCAGCAAGCUCACUGUCGUCCAACAGCAAGGAAAACGAUAAAACACCAUCUGACUGGAGAUCAAUGCUGAAACCUGUUUCAAAAACCGUCGCUUCCACUGAAGGCAUUAGUUCUCCAAACAAGAAAACAGAGGCGGCGUCAUCGCCAGGUGUGGGAAUCUCGCAGACGUCUGGGUCAGCUCCUUCUACUACUAAUGCCUCCCCGGGCAUCAGCCGCCCCAUGGCACCCUCAGCUAGCCCGCCGAAAAACGGGCCUAGUGACUCCAAGAGCGCCAGCAGUGUAUCUCCAGUUAGCUCCUCAGGGACCGAAACUCACAAAUUGCACAAGCCGGAUCACAUUCCUAAAGAAGAGAUUCUGAAGGAGCUGAAGGAAAUUGAGAUGAAUCUGAACCAGCUUGAGAAAAGAGGAGUGGAACUAGAGAAAGAGCUCAGACAAUCCGAUGAGGAUGGAGAAGAGGACACAUUAAUGAAUGAUUUAAUGGUGGACUGGUUCAGUCUCAUCAGAAACAAGCAGGUCUACAUGAGACGAGAGUCUGAGCUGGUGUACAUUGCCAAGACUCAAGAUCUAGAGGAGGAGCAGCCCAGCGUUGAAGCAGAACUCAGAAGACUGAUGGAGAAACCAGAUCAUUUGAAAACUUCGAGAGAUCGUAAACGAGAGGAGGAGCUGAUGGCCAAACUGGUGGAGAUAGUGAACGACAGAAACGCCAUCAUAGAAGGACUGGAUGAAGACAGACUAAGGGAGGGUGAGGAAGAUGAGCAGCUGAAUAAGAUGAUGCAGGACCUUGAUGUGAAGAAAGAGAAAGUCAAGAGGAAAUCAUCCAUGUCUCGGUGGUUUAGCAGGAAAAGUAAAAGGCCGUCUGAGGAAGACUGAUCCUCAUGAGGGGUGUGCAUGUGUGUUUCUGUGUAUUUGUCUCGGACUUUGAAACAUUCUGCUGAUAGUCAUUAGCAGUUCAGUUCUAAGGUCAGAUCCAAAUCUAAAUUGCAGUCGCACAAUCUGUAACAAACGGUGUUUUGGAGACUGCACGUGUUGCGGCGUCGCAUGUCAUUAUGUAUUUUCACACUCGUUUCUCACAUGCUUUUGCACGUUCUCCGUUGCUUUGUUUGUGGGUGUGAUUCGUGCAUUUGUUAUUAAAAGUUUUGCACUUCGAAUUAUGUUGAUCAUAGCUCAGUCGGUGUUUAAUCAGGGGAUUUGUGUCGAGAGAAAAUAAGUCUCAGCUCGUAUUGAUUCAUAUUGAAUCCGAAUUAAAAAUGGACAAGUUUUUGGUCCAAACUACUCAGAGUUUGUCACUUGACUUUUUUUUAAAUGAACAUACUUUAAUUGAGGAGUUUUGUGCUUUCUUCCCCAGUUUUAAUCGCUUUAAUCAUGUUAGCAAAUGACACUUGCAGUACGAUCAUUGACCAGCAGGGAGCAGACAACCACUGAGUUUAUAUAUCAGGACCGUUUUAAACCGACAGGGGAAUCUCAGAUCAUUAAGUGUCUGCCACAAAAGAUCAUGGUUUUAAACCACUGUGCAGGUGAUUUUAUUUACUUUUCAUUUAGUGUUUUUUGCCUUGAAUAUGGGGUUGAAGUUGUUACAAAAUUGCUGAAGUAUUGCGCUUUUUGCCUUUUCAAAUGCUCUUGCUUUGUUAUUCUUAAUAUUUUUCUUUAAAUCAAGAUUUUCAAUACUUUGCUCAUAUAAAAUGUGUUGGCUACUAUAAAUAGUUCCUAAACCAUGCUUUUAAUUUAAGACUGUUCGCCGUUUUUGUACCCAUUCCUCAAAAUUAAAUGCAUAAUCUUACACUACUGGAUGUACAAUAAAAAUUUUUAAUCCA